GGCUUGACAGAUUAACCAAACCGAAAUCAAGUCUAAACAAACCUCCCAAGUUUGGCUUUACAGCUUUAUUUACUAUUAAUGUUAUUAUUUUUGUUACAGAGUAAUUGUCAAAUAUUCUGAGAAAUUUUGUAUAACAAUAAAAUUGUGUCGUAUUAGCUUCGAUUUGUUUUCAAAAAUGUCAAAGCGUAAUAGUAUCGGAAACACUUUGUUCAAUUAUUUCACUAAAACUCCACCAAGCAACAAAAAAAUAAAAUCAAAUAAUAUUGAUUCUGAUGCUAUUCCUAACCAAAAUUUGGUAAACAGUAAUAUAGAUUUAAAAUAUGAAAAUAAUAAGCGCGAAAGGCAAACGACUCCUUCGCCAGAGGUAAAUAAAACCUAUGACGAUAGUGAUGAUGAUAGUCUUGUUGCUUCUAAGAAGAGGAAAAGGAUACGUCUUAACCCAGUGGAUUCCGACGACUCUGAUAUCGAGAAUAGAGAUGUCAAAACACAGCCUAAGGAUAAUUUACAAAAAAGGUUGCAGGACAGCUUUAAAUAUGACCCCAAUGAAUCCCCUACUAGCAGCAAAGAAAAGAAAUCUUCCAUUAAUGGACCAUCUAAAACUCAAGCAAAACCAUUAGAACAAGAGACAGCAGUAAUAGCUGAUGAUGGCGAUUGGGCUCAUUGCAAACUGGAUUGGUUAAAACCAGAAAAGAUUCGAGAUGCUAAGAAGAGAAGACCCGAUCACCCUGACUAUGACCCCACAACACUAUAUGUACCACCUGAUUAUUACAACAGUCAAACUCCAGGUCAUAAGCAGUGGUGGGAUAUGAAAUCGGCUCAUUUUGAUUGUGUUUUGUUUUUCAAAGUUGGCAAGUUCUAUGAACUCUAUCAUAUGGAUGCGGCAGUUGGCGUGAAUGAACUAGGAUUUUCUUAUAUGAAGGUAGUAUCUAAAAGAAGUUUAAUUUGGUAUAUUAUAAUAUAAUAGAUAGUUGUACUAAUCUUUGCUACCUGCUCAGUAACCACCAUAUAAGAUCUCUUUGAGAUGUAAGGUCGCGGGAGGAGGGCGGUGAAAUGUUUUUCACGUCUAUAUUUGUUGUCGUCAUUCGAUACAUUUGUUCUAUAGUUGCUGGAAGAGUACAUACUCAAACUUGACCCAACUUACGUCGCUCCGUACUCACUAUUUGCGCCGUUUUUUAUCUAUAAUUAUGAAAAAAUGUGGGUCUUAUAUUCCAUAGAUUGAUAUAGAUAAUAACAGUAGUUUUUCCAUGACAUUUACAUGAAUAGAUAGAUAGAAAAUUCUUUAUCACACUUUCAUUAAUUCAUCACAACCUAUUUAAAGUCCACUGUUAUACAGAGGCUUAUAGGGGGAUUUGCCAAAGUUGACAUGCUUAACCCAUUCAUUGCCUCCUGUGAAUAGAAACACUUUACCCCCAUGCCGUCAUAUAUUUGGAGUCACCUGCCCAACGGCGUCUGAGGCAUCUCGCUAAAGCAUUCCAAGGCGCCCAUCGGCGGCUUCGGCAUGAGGUAGUAGAAAUGGACGUGAACUAUGUUUUUUUUUUUACUACUACUCAGAUAGACGCUCUGAUGCUAUGGAUGGCAUAACAUUUCAUUUGUAAGUAAUUUUAUACCUAAUUUAUUAAAAAGUUUCUAGAAAAGUCUCUGCGUCGGUUUUCAAAUGUAAUUAAAUAUAUUUGACCCUAGAUGGCGACACUUUGUGUCAUGGGAACUAAAAUAUAAAGGUACGUAGAGCUCAGUAUGGGUAAAAUAAUCAUACGAAGGCGUUGAAAUUUGUUUUGUAUUCAGUCCUAAAGAAUUUUUAAUCACCAAAAUAUUAUUUUUAUAGUUUUUAUAAUCAUUUUGUGAACAGGCCGCCAUCUAUCGUCAAGGUAGCUAAACUACAUUGCAACAUCGAUAUGGAACGAUGCGAGUAGUUUUACUAUUUAUCGGUAGAUGGAAAAUAGUAAAGUGGGCGGGGCUUAACAUCCCCUCACCCCGCAAAUUGUCUCGCGUUGUUACAUAGUGAAAUCUAAUUACAACACCUCGUCUUUGUAUUUGCUCCGUGGUCUAGACUCAAAGCAAUCGAAUUCAAAGGUUAAAAUCCAAACCAAGAAACUAGGGGUGGGCCUGGCCUUGUGACGACGAAACGUUUACAAAGACCGUUUUGUGUUCUGCGACGAUGAAACCGUUUUACGUCCUGGGUUCAAAUAGUCUUCGUUCUUUAAGCCGUCUUCAAACCGGUUGCAACAACGACCGGUUUCUGCAACCGUUUUCGUCGUCGGGAAAACGGUUGCGUUUCGUCCGUUAAAAAUUCGACAACGACCCACUACUAUAAAUAAUAAUAAUAAAAGUUUAUUUCUUUAACAAAGUUUGUUUUAAAUCUAGAACAUAGGUUGACUCAUUCUUUUAAAUGCAUUUGCACCUGUGUCAGAAGGAGCCACUCUUCCAUAUCACAUUUGUAGUAUUUACGAGUAUAAAUGAAGAAUUAGGUAACAAAUACAACUUAUCUUUAUCAUAAGUAUGUAAAUUAUGACUACUAAAUAUAUACAUACACACACACUAACACACACACAUAUAUAUAUAAAGCAAGAAAGGAUAGAUAAAAAUGAUAGAAGGAUAUCUGAUAACUUCCAGGACAAUAUUAAAAUGUUCUGGAAGCUCGUAAGAACUGGCAGGAGAAAUUCAAAACAGCCUAGAAUGAAUGCUAUACGAGACGAGAAUGGCUGCAUGUUGAAUGAUGAAGUUUCGAAUUUAAAGAGAUGGAAGGAAUACUUUGAAAGCGUGUUUAAGAGUGAAGAGUCGUCUGAAAUAAGUGAAAUAGAAAUUCCGGAGGAAGUGGAGAGAGGUAGGGAGAUAAGUGUAGAUGAAAUAAUGAAAGCAAUGAAAAGCAUGAAAGCAGGUAAGGCAGCCGGAUAUGAUAGAGUAUCACUCGAAAUGCUAAGGGCUGGUGAGGGAGUGAACUGCUGUACACCUUAUUUAAUUUGUGUUGGGAACUGAGCGGGUACCGGAAGACUGGUGCAAAGCCGUAAUAGUCCCAAUAUAUAAGGGAAAGGGGUCGCAGCAGGACUGUAAAAACUACCGUGGUAUCAGCUUGCUUAGCAUUGUGGGUAAACUGUAUGCUAAGGUGUUAAUUGAAAGAGUUAUGGAAGAAACUCAUGGAAAAAUUUGGUAUGUGCAAGCUGGAUUUAGAAAGGGGAUGGGGUGUACGGAUCAAGUCUUUUCCAUGCGCAUGAUAGCGGAGAAGUUUUUGGCCAAAAACCAGAAAGUUUUUUGUGCGUUCAUGGACUUGGAAAAGGCUUAUGACAGAGUGGACAGGAAUGUGUUAUGGCAAACACUGAACUCAUUUGGGUUGAACGCUGGCUUGAUACAGGCAUUAAGGUCUCUUUAUAGGGACUCUAGUGCUUGUGUCAGGAUCAACGGGGCCUACUCGGACUGGUUUGGCAUUCAAAAAGGUGUCAGACAGGGUUGUGUAGCUUCUCCGUGGCUGUUUAACCUAUUUAUGGACAGUUGUUUGCAAACUUUGAAAGUUGAAGAAUGUGGGUUGAGAAUGGGUGAGUCAACCGUCAAAUGCCUUUUGUACGCCGAUGAUCAAGUCAUAUUUGCAUCGUCGGCGGCCGAGUUGCAAAUGAUGGUUACUUUAAUGAAUUGGUCAUUGAAAGAAAGGGGUAUGAAAGUGAACGCAAGUAAGACGAAAGUGAUGGUUUUUGAAAGAGAAGAAAGUAAAACUUUAUGUGAAAUAAGAAUAGAAGGGGAGUUGAUUGAGCAAGUGGAUGAGUUUGUAUAUUUGGGAUGUUUAUUUAGCAGGGAUGGUAGAUAUGACAAGGAUAUAGAACGACGAGUGAACGCAGGAAAUAGAGUGAAUGGGGCUCUACACGCUAUUAUGAGGAGUCAGAAUGUGUCAACUAAGUCACGUAUGGCAAUUCAUAAUGCUGUGUUAGUUCCUACUUUAAUGUAUGGUAGUGAAAGUUGGGUCUGGCAGAAGAAGCAUGAGAGUAGAAUAAAUGCUGUAGAAAUGCGGUCCUUAAGGAGUAUGCUAGGGCUGAAUCUGAAUGACAGGGUGAGAAAUAGUGUGAUAAAACAAAAGUGUGGUUUGCAAGAUGACGUUGUGACAAGGAUUAAGAAAGGAAUGCUUCGGUGGUUUGGUCAUGUAGAAAGAAUGAACGAGGAAAGAGUGACAAAGCAAAUUUAUGUUGCAGAAGUGAAAGGCAGGGUCGGGAAGGGACGCCCUAGACGAAGGUUUAUCGACCAAAUCGGCGAUACAUUAAAAAUGGGCCAGAUUAGGAGUACCCCUUAACCGACGAGCGUGUAUGCGUAAAUAUAUGGAUCUAAAAGAGGCGAGAGAGGUGUGUCAGGAUCGCGCCAAAUGGAAGUCCGUAGUCUCUGCCUACCCCUCUGGGUGACAGGCGUGAGUGUUUAUGUAUAUAUUUUUACGUGUAGUCACAAAAAUGUAGUUCAAUGUGUGUAUGCGUGCGUGUGUGUGUGUGUGUGCGUGCGUGCGUGUGUGUGUGUGUGCGUGCGUGCGCGUGUGUGUGUGUGUGUGUGUGUGUGCGCGUGCGUGUGUGUGUGCGUGUGUGUGUGUGUGUAUGAUUUUUAAUACAAAUAUCCAAUACCUAGAUAAAUUUAUCAGAAACAGAAACAGAAACUUUUUUAUUCAAUAUAGAUUAUAAAUAAUACUUAUUGAAAGUCACUCUUUUGUUUGAUUACCACUGGUUCGGAAAAAACCUCUGUCCUGGGAAGAACCAGCAAGAAACCCAGCGGGACUUUUUUUUAAAUAACAGCUUACAAUCAUGAUGUUACACAAAUUAACAACACAACAAAUUAGAAAUAGCUUGGUAGCGAUCACCUCAUUUCCAGGGGUUAUUAUCAUCCAUAAAUUCCUUAAUAUUAUAAUAACCUUUUUUAUACAAACUUAGUUUAAUAAAGUUUUUGAACUUUGAACAGGUCAAACUUUGUAUAUUUUCUGGAAUUUUGUUGUAAAAGCGUAUACAUCGCCCCAAGAAUGAAUUACUGACUCGAUGGAGUCGAGUAACUGGUACUACUAGCUUGUGUCUGUUCCUAGUAUUUACAGAAUGAAUUUCACUUAUUUUUGUAAAACUACUUUUAUUUUUGUGUACGUACAUUACCCUCCUAGGACCUGGCGUCCCCUAUACGAGACCUUUUUUCUAGUACUGCCCUCCAGCGCCUAUCAAAGUGUAACUUCCUAAUUAUUAGUACAUUUAUUUCAAUGUAGAUGUCACUUAUUG